AUGUCUCGUGUCAUCGUCAAGGGGCUUCCUCCCUACUUCGACGAGGCCAAGCUCCGGCUGCACUUUGCCCACGACGGCGCCUACGCCGUCACCGACGUGAAACUCAUGCGGAAACGGCUGGGCGAGUCCCGCCGCUUCGGGUUUGUGGGGUUCCGUUCCGACGACGACGCCGCUGCUGCGGUCAAAUAUUUCAAUAUGUCGUUUAUCGACACUGCCCGAAUUUCGGUUGAGAUUGCCAAACUGUUUGGUGACGAAAACGUCCCGCUUUCGAUGAAAGAACGUCAGAAACGGAAACGGCAAAUGCUUGAGGAAAAGGAACAGAGACUCGCCGCGAGAGAAGCACGUUACCAGGAGCUGAAACGGGCGAGGAAACAUACGAUUGACGACGAAAUUAACGCCAACCCGGAGUUAAAGGAGUACAUUAACGCCUUGAACGAUAAGCGGCUGUGGGCGGAUAACGACCACGCCGACGGGCUGGGGGCUCCGCUGGCGGCUGAAUUUGAGCGGAAAAUGGCUGAACAGGAAGCUGAAACCGCCAGAAUUGAGGAAAAUGAUCUGGAUAACGAAUACCAGGACUUUGGCGCUAAAAACCAGGAGGAUGAAGAAGACGAGGAAAUGAUGAUCCCAUUGACCAAUAAUGAUGAAACCAAUGAGGACAAUGUUGAAGAGAAGGUUGAGGACGAUGGGCUUGCUCGGGACGAGAACGUUUCUGAUUUGGACUGGUUGAUCCAGCGGCGUAAGCGUAUGGCCGAAGCCAAUAAUGACGAGAAUGAAGAAGAUAAACAAACAAAUGAUGAUGAUGAUAAUCUGAAACAACAACUGAAACAACAGCUGAAACCAGUACUGAAACAACCACCGGUGGAACCUGAACCCACACCCGAGGAUACCAUCCGCGCUACGGGACGUCUUUUCAUCCGCAAUAUCCUUUAUACCGCUACCGAAGACGAUUUCCGUAAACUAUUCGAAAAGUUUGGCGACCUUGAAGAAGUACACGUGGCUGUCGACACCCGUACCGGUAAGCUGAAGGGGUUUGUUUACAUUCAAUUCUCAAACCCGGAGAACGCGGUGAAACUGUUUCAGGCCCUCGAUAAAACCAUCUUCCAAGGGAGAUUGCUUCACAUUUUACCAGCUAAAGCCAAAAAAGACCACACGUUGGACGAGUUUGAUUUGAAAAACAUGCCGUUAAAGAAACAGCGUGAAUUGAAACGGAAACAGCUGGCGGCGAAACAACAGUUCCAGUGGAACUCAUUAUACAUGAGUCAAGACGCCGUGCUCGAACUGGUAGCGCAGAAGUUGGGGGUUUCCAAACGCGAGUUGCUUGACCCGACGCUGUCGCUGCUGGCGGUGAAACAGGCCUUGGCUGAGGCCGACGUCAUCGGCGAAGUGAGACGCUAUUUUGAGAGCCACGGCGUCGACCUUGUCCUGUUUGAAACGGCUAAGGAAAAAGAUGACCGUAUCAUCUUAGUGAAGAACUUCCCCCACGGCACGUCCUCAUCCGAGAUUGGUGAGUUAUUCGCUCCUUACGGUGCUAUUGACCGGAUUCUAAUGCCUCCCCAGGCCGCCACCAUCGCCAUUGUGGAAUUCCGCGACGCGCCACUGGCGCGACUGGCGUUUUCAAAGUUACUGUAUCGGAAGUUUAAACAGGGGAUCUUGUACCUUGAAAAGGGUCCCAAGGGGAUCUUCACUCGUGCUGCAACCGAUGCUGAAAAACAGGCCGCUGGCGCUGUGUCGUCCGAGCCCGUCGUCGAAGCUAAGACCACUGCUGAAGAUGCCAUCGAAACCAAUGAGAUUGAUGACGACGAUGAUGUUGUUUCAGGCCCUACGGUUUCAGUAUUUGUAAAGAACUUAAACUUUGAAACAACGCUGGCUCAGCUUAGCGCCGUGUUUGAUGGUCUUCCUGGGUUUGUUGUCGGUGUGGUUAAAACCAAGCCUAACCCUAAAGAUACGUCAAAACCGUUACUGAUGGGGUAUGGUUUCGUUGAGUUCCGUACUAAGGACCAGGCUGAAACCGCGAUUAAAACAUUGGACGGGUACGUGCUUCAGGGACACCGUAUCCAAUUGAAACUCUCCCACCGCCCUGGAACUCAAACUGACACAAACGAUGAAACUAAGCUGAAACUGAAGAAAAAGGGGUCGGCUAAAAUCAUCAUUAAGAACUUACCGUUUGAGGCGACACGUAAGGACGUGGUUGAGCUUUUGGGUGCUUUUGGCCAAUUGAAGCUGUGUAGAGUGCCUAAGAAGUUUGAUAAGCUGGCGAGAGGGUUUGCUUUCGUGGAAUUUGCUUUGGCUAAAGAAGCUGAAGCAGCGAUGGACCAAUUGAAGGGGGUCCACUUGUUAGGGCGGAGAUUAGUGAUGCAAUAUGCCGAAGCUGACCUGGCUAAUCCGGAAGAGGAAAUCGAGAAGAUGAUGGCUAAAGCACAGAAGCAACAAGGGACAAGACAAUUGGCAGAAAUGAGAGGGAUGGGUAAAGGGAAGACCCAGUUGGAAGAAGAUAACGACGACGAACUCGCCUAG